UGGACGGAUCUUCAGAAACAGCUCGUCAACCACCUCCGUAGCUUGCUAGACAACAUAGCCGAAAGAUUCAAGCUAUUUAUACGCUUUCGGUGUAUAUUAGGUACUGUGUUGUACACACACUUCUGUCGUAUCUACUUGUUAACCUAUUUAAUAUAAUAUUACGUUAUUUUGUAUUAGUCAGCUAUAGUAGCUGGCUGGUUAAGUUUAGCACUAGCCUAGUCGCUAAUGAUAGCUAGCUAGCUAACAUCCCCGAACAUGAGCUCCCUAAACUUCUCCCCUCCUGUUAAAGAAGAGGAGGUCUGGUGGACGGAGACAGAAGCUCUGGGGCUGAACAUUGUCGUGAAAGAGGAGAAGGAAGAGGAGGAUGUCACAGUAAAAAAAGAAGUGGUGGGUGAGGCUGUUACUGUGAAUAAAAAGGAGAACGACGUUACAGUGAAAGAAGAGGAAGACGCGUUCAGAGUGAAAGAGGAGGAGGAUGUUACUGUGAAGGAAGAGGAUGCUGUUUUUGGAGUGAAAGAGGAAGGAGAGAUUACUGUCACAUUGAAAGAUGAAGAGGAGGAGAUAUAUCUGAUUAACAACAGAGAGAGACGGGACUACCAUGGGCCCUCUGGGGAGCCUCAACAACCUCAUGAUGCUGACAAGGCAGAGAAGAGUCUCUCCACAUUAGAACACCCCAAGAAACACCUGGAGAGAUCCACAGGGAAGAGAUCUCACCGCUGCUUUGACUGUGGGAAGAGUUACUCAAGAUCAAGUUCACUAAAAGUACACCAGAGAAUUCACACAAGUGAUAAAUCUCACUGCUGCUCUCACUGUGGGAAGAGUUUUACUCGGUCAUCCAGCCUGAUAUCACACCAGAGAACACACACAGGAGAGAAACCUUAUAGCUGUGCUCAAUGUUUGAAGAGUUUUGUUUCAUCUGGUGGCCUGACAGCACACCAGAGAACACACACAGGAGAGAGACCUUUUAGCUGUAAUCAAUGUGGGAAGAGUUUUACUCAGCUAAGCAGCCUGAUAUACCACCAGAGAACACACACAGGAGAGAAACCUUAUAGCUGUGCUCAAUGUGGGAAGAGUUUUACUACCUCUAGCAAGCGGACAAGACACCAAAGAACACACACAGGUGAGAAACCUUAUAGCUGUAACCAAUGUGGGAAGAGUUUUGCUUCAUCUAGAGUUCUGACUGUACACCAGAGAACACACACAGGAGAGAAAUAUUUUAGCUGUAAUCAAUGUGGGAAGAGUUUUGUUUCAUCUGGCAGCCUGACAGCACACCAGAGAACACACACAGGAGAGAAACCUUAUAGCUGUGCUCAAUGUGGGAAGAGUUUUACUAAGUCUAGCAAUCUGACACGACACCAGAGAACACACACAGGAGAGAAACCUUGUAGCUGUAAUCAAUGUGGGAAGAGAUACUCUGAUAAAAGAUAUCUGAUUAAUCAUCAGAAAAUACAUGAUGGAGCUGUUUCAUGAUAUCAAUUAAUUAAUGUCACAAUGUAGAAUGUUUUAACAUUGUAGUAGGAUUAUUUUAAUAAUGUCACAAUGUUGAAACCAUAACGUUUGCUCCCUGUUCAAUUGAUUUCAGCAUGCUAUGGAUAUUAGCCUUUUAACAAAAAUAGUCGUUAUGCUGUUUACUAUGUUGGUGUCCAACUUGAAUCAAAAUGCAACACUAUAAAAUGUAGCGAUCUGUUUUCUACAAAUUGUCUUCUAACCAGGGAUGUACACAUUAUUCCCAGAUUCCGUGUGGUUUUUGAGCUGUUAGUUUUAACAGGACGUUCAAUCUCAUCUCCCUCCUAUCACACAAUUGAUUUCAACAUGAUAUCGUUGAGUGAUGAAAAUAAGUGUUACGUUCCUUUGUUUAGCGACCCCUACAUUUAAAUGCAUCACUCCAAAAUGUAGCUGACUGUCUUCUGCAGGUUGUCCUCUAACCAGUGAGGUGAAAGAUAUCUCCCAUUUCAAUGUGUUCUUUUAGUUGUGUUCGUUUCAACAUCACGUACAACCUGAUUUCCCCCCUAAUCGAUAUCAGUGAUUUAUUGCUACUUGUCAAAACAACAGCGUUUCUGGUGCUUGUGCAGUUUAUAAGGAGCUUGUUAUAAAAUACAAGUAAUAUGAUUAUUGUGGCAGAUGUUUGUGUAAAUAGCACAUUUUAUGUUUAGGCUUUCAAUUUGUCCCAAACUGUUUAUGAAUAUUGGUUAUUGAUUUGGACACGUUAAAACUGUGUUUUGACAUUGGGGCUCCACCAAGCAAAAUGUCAUUGAAACUCUGCCCAACCUUAAUAUUUGUUUGGUUGUUGUUUAAAAUGUGUAUUUUCGGGUCAUUUUUUUAAUUACUUUAAAACAACGUAAUUUCAACGUACUUUCAGUAGCCGAGUGGUUAGAGCGUUGGACUAGUAACCGAAAGGAUCGAAUCCCCGAGCUGACAAGGUAAAAAUAUGUUGUUCUGCCCCUAAACAGGGCAGUUAACCCGCUGUUCCUGGGCCGUCAUUGUCGAUAAUAAUUUGUUCUUAAUUAACUGACUUGCCUAGUUAAAUAAAGGUUAAAUAAAAAGUGGACUAGAGUUCUAGAAGCAAGUGAGUUUUCAGAUUCUAUAAAGAAAAA